AAAUGGCGAGCUAGUGUGUUGACGUUUAUUAAGAUUGUUUUUUAGAGUGGGUGUAGGAAGAUUUUUAAUUUAAUUGAUAUCGAACAAGAAUUAAUCAGUACACUAAGUAUCUUUUUUAUUCACGUGCUAUGAACUCGAUUAAUUCAAUGACCGAACCUGUCCAAAAUAUUUUCUCAUUCGCUGAUGGAGACCACAACUGCUCUGCUAUUGAUGAGACUACCGGGGAAGUAUGCGGUGAAACAGAAAGUCUGAAAAUUAUCGAUGAAUUUCAAAAAUUUUACGAGAACCGUAUCCAGAGUGUUGAUCAAGACUGCAGCAAUGAUUUCGAUCGAGUCUGUAUGAAAUUAGAUAUUUCAAAGGAAUGGAUCAAGAAUUUAAGAGAACAAAAUGUUAUGUUAGUGCGAAUUGUGGAGGACUUAGAGCAGGCUACUUGUAAUAGGGUAACGUUACUGGAACAGAAAUUAAAGCAGUCAUCUAUGAUAGUGUCUGAAAAUUUAACGAAAUCAGGUUAUACGGAAAAAACUAUAAAUACACUUUCAAAUCGUGUCAGUAAUUUGCAAAAAGAUGAAGAAUACAUGCGCCAGAGAAUAGAGUUUCUUCAAAAUGAUAUUAAAGGGCUAUUAGAAUUUAUAAGACGCGCAUCACAAGAAAAUUGUUGGAAUUUAGACGGGAUAAAGUUUAUAGAGAUUCAACCUACUGAUAUACCUGUUCCUCUUGAUUGUUCCUGUCGCCAGGAAGAAACGCACCAAGAAAGGAUACAGUUUUUAAAGUUGCAAAUAGAACAGCUUCAGGGGAAUGAAAAGAAACAGAUUAUGCAUCAGAGAGAGUUGGAAGGUAAAUUGGCCGAUCUCACUGAAAAAUUAAAAGCUAAGCAAGAUACUAUUAAAAACUAUUUUACUCAAAGUCAAAACCUAGCUGAUAAUGUUAACGAACAUGUUAAAAUUGGAAAUCAAUUAACAUGUAAUUCAUUCUUAAAAAAUGAUCAGCAAACUUUUGGUACUGUGUUAGUAGCUGAUAGUGUGGAACACAUGUUCACUGAGAAAAGUUUAGAGAUGAGAAACUUGCAGAAGCGUUUACAUAAUGCUGAAUCUACUUUGGUAGUAUUAACUUGUGAUACCAAUAGAAAUAUAAAUAAUUUAAAAGUACAAUUAAACGAGAAAUGCAGAACAAUUCAAGAAAUGAAACAACAGAUGUCAGAUUUUCAAAAAGAGUCACUAGAGAAACAAGGUGCUCUGACAGCAGAAGUGAUAGAAAAAAAUGAAAUAAUAACAUCUUUAAAAAAGCAAAUCGUUAUAUUGCAAGAACAGUGUCAUCAUGCAAAUAUACAAAUGCAGUUUAAAGAAGAUAUCAUUAAAGAAAUGCGAAGAAAGCUGAAACAAACAAUGGAUCAGCGUGUAUUUUCCACUUUAUCCUCUUGUAUCCAAAAUCAUUGUAACGGGCCUGACACUGACACUCCGAAAGUGGAAUCUAUUUAUAAAUGUUAUGAAAGAAUUUAUGCACCAAAAGCCUUUUGUGUAUCUUCGGAUCACGAUAAUUUAAUUUCUUGUUUGCAAAAUUGCGUAGAGCAUACUGUAGAUGGUAAAAAGGAAACAGAAAGUCUGCCCAUGAUGAGAAUUCACAAUUUAAAAAUUUUAAUGGCUAAAAGAGAAUCACGUGCUAUGCAAAAUGAUUGUGCUGGUACAACAGUUUAUCAAGAGAAUCAAGUAAUUUCAUACUUGACUAAGGUAAAAUCAUUAAUGGAGAAGGACAAGGAUAAUAUUUUUAAAUUAAAAGUAGAGUUGGAAAAAACUAUGGAAAAGCUAUGCUGUGAAAACAAUAAACUGAAAUUGGAAAACAAUAAUUCUCUUUACAUAGAAAUUGAAAAUUUACCAUUAUAUACAGACAUUAAUCAGCAAUACAAAUUAAUGGAUGUAAUCAGAACAUGUGCUAUCGGGGCACAAGUUACUACAAAAGACAUUGAGGAUGGAAUGGCAUUAAUCAUUUCUACUUUCAAGUCGAGACAUCAAAAAUAUGUCGAUUUAAAUACAGCUGUCAUUAAUAUACAAACUCAAUUGAUAAGGAAUAAGGAAAGUAUAAUAGAAGCAAUAAAGAGAUUACAGUUACAAGAAAAAGAAAGAUCAAGGCAUACUGAAAGAAUUAGUUCAGGAGGAAUCAAAUUAAAAGAUAUUAAAAAUAGAAUAAAUCAAGUUCAGCCUCCAGUAUCAAUGCACCUUACGAAAACGCAAAGUAAUAUGCAGGGAAGUAUUGUGCCGAGUUAUUCAGAAAUUUAUUCAUGUAAUGACCUAGUAUGUUCAGUUAUAGAGGAAAUGGAACAGACAUCGAAUAGUCUACAAGAGUGCUGCAUCACGUCAGACAUGGAAGAACUAAUGUAUCAACUUCAAGAAAUAGAAUCAGCUAUAGGAGGAUUGCAACAAAAAAUUAACGAUGCUCUUUCGGAACAUGGUAAAGUGGAGACAACACUUUGCCAAACGGAUGAUAAAUUAAAGCGACUGCAAACAGAAGUGAAUGCAGUUCACUCUAAAAUACAACAUAUAUCAGAAGCAUUUUUAUUUUCAACGGAUCAGACUUGGAAUGAAGAUUUGCACGAAUUGAGAAAGGAACAUGAUGAGUUGAAGUAUAAAAUGUUACAAAAAAUACAUCGAACAGAAUGUGAUGACAAGUGUUUAUGGAAAAGCAGAGUCAUGGAUUUACAAGGCCAAGUUAAAAUCCUGCAACAUGAGGCAAAGUGCACGCAAGAAACAAACGAGUUUUUACGAAGUAAUAUUGAGUUAAUGGAAGAAGCACUGCGUGAUGCGCAAACCAAAUCAAAAAAUUAUAGUCGUUCUCAUUCCAUGGACAGUAUUGAAUUAAAGAAGGAGAUUAUACAAUUAAAAAAUACCCUUAAAUUGCAAAAAGAAAUAAAAUGUACACUGCGGCAGCAAUUAAACGAAAGUGAAGUAGAACUGAAAAAGUCAAAAGAACUUCUGAACACUUUUUAUACAGAGCAUAGUAUGGAUGAAUCGCCGUUGCCCUAUGGAUGUAAUCAGUUUAGACACGAUACAAUGACUGUAUCUCAGUCGUUCAGAACUCUACAAAACACUAUGAAAUCUAUAAAAUACGAUCUACAGGAGCUUAAGACAGAAUUAACAAAAUUGAUUCAUAAAGAUCAAUCUGACUUUUGUUCAUCUGCAAGAUCACUAGUGAAUCUAGUAGACAAACUGCAAAAACAUGAAGAUGAAUUAGACAGUUGUGCUCAAGAAAUAGAGAAGCAUAAAAAUACUUCGCAUUCAAAAGAUCAACUCUUAAAAGAUAAGAAUGAAAUCAUCAAAAUUCAAAAGAAUUCUAUUUUAUUGACACAGUCUGAAGUAAAGGAUCUUCAUCAGAAACUACAAGAGAAGAUUGAUAAUCAAAAUCAAAUAAUUUCCCAGUACGAGAAGGAGAAGAAGGAAUUAUCGAGACAGAAUGAACUUCAAAAUCAAACUAUAGGACAUUUACAAAAUGCUGUAGUAGAAGCUAAAAGAUGUAUAGACCAGAUGGGACACAGAACUAUGAGUGACCUUCAGGAAAAAUGUGAAACUAUUCGUUUAUUGGCAGUGUGUGUAGAAGAAACCCAAAGUCAAUACAGUGAAUGCUUUACAGAAGCUGCCAAACAAGAGAAAUUACUGGAACUACAAAGAGUUGCGAUCAAACAACUUCAGCAAAAGAUUUGUUACAUUGAAUAUGACAGUUACAUAAUUAUUACUUCUAUCCAUACUAUGCAUUACUCUAUGUUAAAAUCAAUACAGGAACAACUAGAAGCUUGUGUGAAAAACAUUCAAGCUUUAAAAGAUAAGAUAGUCAGUUUGGAACAGUACAAAAAAUUAUGGCAAGAGGCUGAAAGAAAAUUACAAGAACUAAAAAAAGUAGCCUUGAAAUCUGACCAGAAGACAAAACUUUAUGAAGACAAAGACUGCCAGUGCAGAAUGGAACUCACUGAUAGAAUGAGCACUGCCCAAGAUGUAUUAAAUUUUGACUUUAACAAUAAGAUUUGUGAUACUGCAAUACAAUUUAAAAACCACUCACAUCAACAUGAGCUGCAAUCAGAAAUAGAUACUUUAACCAGAGAAAAUGAAGAUAUAAAGAAGCAGUUGCAAAAAUGCGAACUGGACUUCGACAUAAUUGACAAAGAAUUGAAAAUAGAAAGAGAAAAUGAUACUUACCCUCAGCAAAUUUCAUUUGAAUUACAGAAAAUGAGGGACACUGAAUGUUGUCUACGUUAUGAAAAUGAACUACUAAAAUCUGAUUUGAAAAAGCAGGCAGGAGAAGUAGAAAAUUCAUCCAAAAAAUUGCAAUUUAUUAACGAUAUAAAGUUUGAGAAAUUACUUAAAAAAUUGGAAGAGGAACAGAUACAGAUCAAAAGUUUGUACAGUCAAAUUAAGGAUGAUGAAACUGUUAUGAAGAAACAAACUGAAACUAUUGAAACACUUGAGAAGAAAUUAGAUAGAAGUAAUAAAGAGAUCAAAGGAUAUUUAACCGAAUUAGAUGAUGCAGAAUAUGAGAUGUCAACACUGCAUGAUAGAAUACAAUCCUUAAAAAACAUGCUGAUAGAACAAUCGAAUAAUAUGACUAAGUUGCAAGCAGAUUAUGAAGUUGUAAAGAACAACAAUUCUAUAUUGAAGAUUGAGAACAAUGCUUUUGAAAGUACAUCGAAAGAUGUUUGUCUGUUGAAAAAUAUGUUAAAAGAAGCUAAAAUACAAUUACGUUACACUGAAGAGAAUUAUCACAGAGUCACAGAAGACUACCAUAAGACGCAAGAACAAUUGGUUAAAAUGACAAAGCGUGAAGCUGAUUUGCAGAAAUAUUUAACGAAUAUGGAAAAGGAUUAUUGUUCAAAGAUAUCAAACAUAGAAAAAGAGAAAGCUCAACUUACAGACUGCUUAGAUAAACUCAAGGAUGAAUUAGAAAAAAUUCAAGAGAACUAUGCAGAACAAUUAGAAGUUUUACAAGAACAAGUUAAACAAAUUAAUAUAAACUUUUUUAAAACAAUAAAAGUUGAAGAGGAACGAGAAAGAGUUAAGAAAAUAGAGGAAUCAAAUUGCUGCGUGGCGCAACGACUGAAAGAAUGCAUGGAACAAAAUUGCCGUCUUAAUAAAGAAAAGGCUAUGGUGGAACAAAAUAAUUGUGAAAUUAUUUCUGAAUUACAAGAUACACAUAAAUCUUUGUUAGAAUUAAGAAAGGAAUGUCAGCUGAAGAAUAAGUCUCUUGCUUGCAUAUCAGCCGAAUUAACAGAGACAGCCAUAAGUAGAUCGGAACUUUGUAAUCAAUCGCAAUAUGUGGUUUCCUGCAUUCGUAUUUGGAUGGAAGAACAACGGGACUAUGUUCACAGACUAAGUUCCAAAUUAAAGUUUCAGCAACAACAAUUACGAGACCUUGAAUUUGAGAAAAAAACCCUCUUAGAAGAAACAAGGAAGUUGAAACGCAAUAACCAUUCAUUGACUCAAAGGUUAAAACGACUGUAUAGAUACAAUGGGAAGAAUGUUAAAAAUGUUUGCAUAGGAUGCCAUAUUUCACCAUCUGUCGUAGCGCAAAAUUCUGACACAUUAAUCUCCACAAAUUCCAAAUAUGUAUCUUUGCAAAAGAGAUUGAAUCUUACGAAGGCAAUGCGACGCGUUUCUACAUGUGGUAACCCCUGGUGGUUUCCUAAAAUGCAAUACUUAACAGACGAGCUACGCAAAAAUAAUUUAAAAUAUAAAGGUAAUUCCUGCGACAGAGGAAACACAGAUUCAACAAUAGAAGAAAGUCGUGACUGUGGUUAUCAAUCGUCGACCAGCAAAUGA